GGAGCCUCAUCAAUUUAUGCUCGGUCUCUAAUAGAAAAGAGUGAGAACUGUUGCCUGCUGAUCCUUUAAUUAACGAAUUUUCGCAAACCAAAUCAGUUUACUAACGACAAUUGAGGAGAGGAUUUCAUUUCUGACUACGAUUCGAAUGUGUUCAAUAAACUACUAAAUUUAUUUGAAAAUCAUGUGUGGUAUUUGGGCUCUCUUUGGCUUAGAGGGUGACACCCUUGCUUGUGCCUGUGAAAAUUUUUCAAAAUUAACACAUCGCGGACCAGAUGCAUUCAACAUUGAAUACGAUCAACGCAUUAAGAAUGGAUACAUUGGAUUUCAUAGAUUAUCAAUUCUUGAUGGCCUCUGUGGAAUGCAGCCCAUGAGACUUUGCCCUUAUCCACAAAUAUUUUUAUUAUGCAAUGGAGAAAUUUAUAAUUAUAAACAGCUUGCAGAAGAAAAAGGUUAUAAGUACAAUACAAAAUGCGAUGUGGAAGCGAUUAUACAUCUUUAUGCAAAUGCAGGAGCUGAAAAUGUUGCUCGUUCCUUAGAUGGAGUGUUUGCCUUUUGUUUGAUGGACCUUAAAAAGAUGAGAAUUUUGGUUGCCAGAGAUCCGUAUGGUGUGCGACCGUUGUUUAUCCUCAAGGAUGGAAAGGGACGUUUGGGUAUAAGUUCCGAAACCAAGGGAUUAAUUGGAAUAACCGACAAGUUCCCCAGUGACUGGGAAUUGAAACCAUUUAAACCUGGAUUUUAUGAAGAAUAUGAAAUAUCAGAAGAGGGCAAAGCAAAUCUUUUGAGAAGCGUACAAUAUCAUAAGCCUGGUGAUAAGCCAGGGUUUACAACAUUUAUACCAUCGGUGGACCUUGACUCUAAGGAUGUUUCUGGAAAUAUCAGAAAAUUGCUAACAGGAGCCGUGAAGAAGCGUUUGAUGUCCGAAAGACGGAUCGGUUGCUUCUUAUCCGGAGGACUGGAUUCGAGUCUAAUUGCCGCUUUGUUUGCUGCAGAAGCUAAGAAAUUGAAUCUUCCGUAUAAAUUGCAGAGUUUUGCAAUUGGAAUGGGUGACAGUCCUGAUAUCAGAGCUGCUAAACAAGUUGCCGAAUUUAUUGGUACCGAGCAUCAUGAAAUUAUUUUCACCGAAGAAGACGUGGAGCAAGUACUGGACCAAGUGAUUUAUCAGAUUGAAACAUUCGACAUUACAACCAUUCGAGCUUCAAUUGGCAUGUACAUAUUAUCGAAGUACGUCAAGACGAACACGGAUACAACUGUAGUUUUUAGUGGCGAAGGCGCGGAUGAACUGGCUCAAGGGUACAUUUACUUCAAAAAAGCACCGAAUGCAGAAGCAGCUCACGAAGAGUCACUUCGUUUAUUGAGAGAUAUUUAUUUGUACGAUGGCCUGAGAGCUGACAGAACCACAACUGCCUACAGUUUAGAACUUCGAGUACCAUUUUUAGAUCUUCAAUUCACCAAUUACUAUCUAUCGUUGGAUCCAUCUACUAGACAACCGCAGGACGGUAUCGAAAAACAUCUGCUUCGAUCUGCAUUCAUGGAUUCUGAUCUACUGCCGAAAAAUAUUUUAUGGCGUCACAAGGAAGCGUUUAGCGAUGGUGUUACCUCAGCCAAAAAAUCUUUGUUUGAAAUUAUUCAGGAUAUCGUUGAUAAGCAUGUGAAUGAGAGCGAAUUACAAGAGGCUAAAAAUGUUUAUCCACAUUGUACACCAAGUACAAAGGAGGCUUUUUACUACAGAAAAGUGUUUGAAAAGCAUUUUCCAAAUCGUGGAGAGAGUUUGAUUCCUUAUUUCUGGAUGCCAAAAUGGAUUGACGGCAUUUCAGAUCCAUCUGCACGAUUUAUCAGCUAUUAUGCAGCUGAAGAUGAAAAAUAGAGUAUAGUUUUCUAAAACGCUAAAAUAUACGAAAUCGACAAAAUGAAAAUGAAAUAUGAAAUUUUUAUCUCUAAAUAACGAAAUUUUAAAAUAACAAUAUGUUUUAUCUAAUUAAUUUUUGUCAUUUGUCGUUUUAAUUAAUUUGUUAAUUUUUGAAAAAUAUAAGUUUUAUUGAAUAUUUUAUAUGUGUAACAAAGAUUUAUAUUAUAUGGAUAAUUUAUAUUAAAGAGUGGAUGCUGGUUGUUUGUUUUCACUCUAAAAAUAAAAAGUGUUUAUCUCUGAAA